AUGGCGGACGCAAUGGCACUGCCGCCAUACUCGAACAUUUCUCAUAUCUACUUAGCACCUGUGAUUACUCUUGGAGUAAUCACCUUGAUGUUGGUCAUUGCGCGCAUAUACACACGUCUGACUAGGACCGGGAGGCUACAUACUGACGACUGGCUUAUCGCAGUAGCAGAGCCUCUUUCGAUCGUUUCGAUCGGUGUUGCCAUCGCGGCGAUAGAUUCUGGUUGGGGUAAACCAUCAGCUUACUUCACACCAAAGGAGCUGGUAAACACGAUCAGACUCCAGUUUGUGUUUCAGACUGUGUGGAUCGUUACGUUUGGCCUUGUCCGUCUCUCCGUCGCAUAUUCGUUGCUACGAUUCGGAAACGAUAGACUAUGGAGAUGGCCGCUGUACUUUCUCAUGAUGUUGCAAGUCUUGAUCUCUUCGAGCUACUUCAUCAUGCAAUUCGCUCAGUGCAAGCCCAUCAGCGCAAAUUGGGACAAUGUGCCAGGUGCGAAGUGCUGGGACCUGGGCCCGACGGUCACCUAUGGCUACGUCGUUGCUGGAUUCUACAUUUUCACGGACGUCGUCCUUUCACUCAUGCCCAUUCGCCUGAUCCGGACCCUACAUCGCAGCACUGCCGAGAAGAUCCUGAUCGGUGUCCUAAUGGCGCUCGGUCUAUCUGCCACUGCCAUUGCUUGUGCAAAAGUGAGCACAUUCACAGAUUUUGGAAAAGGCGACAUAAUGCAAGGGACGAUUGUGCCUUCAGUGUAUGCCAAGGUUGAGGAGCAAGUGGGCAUCAUUGCUUCUUCACUGCCUUGUCUGAAGGGACCAGCACAGAGCCUCCUCAAGAAGCUGGGGCUAUUGAAAGAACAUCACUUGACAACGCCCAGUUUCGUUGGCGAUUUCAGUUUGCCCGGGACGAGGAAGGAUACCGCAAGGAGCAGCAGCAAUGACACGCUGAAUACGAAGGGCAAGGUUCGAGUCGACUCGGUAGCCGUAGCCUUGGGCAACAAUGCAGGAUCUAACUUGGCUCAACAGGGAUAUGGGAGCAACAUUCGGUUGGCCGUAUGA